UGUACUGAGCUCAGUCUGUAGCUUGACUUGUAACAGAGCUUCUGUUGUUGAACAAACUGUGUCUUCAACACAUGACGUCUAUGGAACCUGCUUGAUAUACAGAGAAAUUAAAUGAAUGUGUGAGUAAAGAAGGAAAGAUAGAACAGAAAAGAGAGCGCGGCAGUUUUACAACACCGGUUCAGCAGAUCUCCCGCAGAAACCACGAAAACACGACGGUCUUCAAAAAAAGCGGUUGUAAAGAAGUUGGGCUAGACAGAGCGUGCGAGGAUGGGGAAGCAGAACAGUAAACUGCGCCCUGAGGUGCUGCACGACCUGCGGGAGAACACCGAGUUCACAGACCACGAGCUCCAGGAGUGGUACAAAGGCUUCCUCAAAGACUGCCCCACUGGACACCUGACUGUUGAAGAGUUCAAGAAAAUCUACGCAAACUUCUUCCCUUACGGAGAUGCAUCCAAGUUUGCAGAGCAUGUGUUCCGCACCUUUGACACCAAUGGAGACGGGACUAUAGACUUCAGGGAGUUCAUCAUUGCACUCAGCGUCACGUCUCGGGGGAAACUGGAGCAGAAGCUGAAGUGGGCGUUCAGCAUGUAUGACCUUGACGGGAACGGGUACAUUAGUCGGGGAGAAAUGCUUGAAAUAGUACAGGCAAUUUACAAAAUGGUAUCCUCUGUGAUGAAGAUGCCAGAGGACGAGUCCACUCCAGAGAAGCGCACAGACAAGAUCUUUCGACAAAUGGAUGCAAACAAUGACGGUAAACUUUCUCUUGAAGAGUUUAUUAAAGGUGCUAAGAGCGACCCUUCCAUUGUGCGUUUGUUACAGUGCGACCCCAGCAGUGCAAGUCAGUUCUGAUUGGACAUCUCACCUGUCCGGACACUUUCCACUGAACCACUGGCUUGUGCAUGUGAGCUUUGCUUGCAAGUGAAUGCCUUUUCACUCAUUCCUAGGUCAUUGGUGGACACACAUUCAUUACCACAUUCUGCCCGUUUCUUUUUUCCUUUUUUUUGAGUGUAUAAAAGGGGAAGCAGCAUUGCGCUUGACUUAUGCAACAGUUUUAUUUUAGGGUGAUUGAUUUAUUUAUUUUAAAUUAAACCUAGUUAUAAAUAACUUUGUUCUGUAUGGCAGCUUAUUUUAAGUUAACUGUUAUUGUUACCAAUAAGCUCUUCUACCUGGUUGGAAACUAAGUGGCUGAUGAAUAUGAGACUGUCCAUUUUGAGUUGCUGUUUUAAAAGACAAGCACCACCUACUGGACAAGGGUGGGCCUGUUUAGGAAAUUCCAACUGAAUGUAGGGAAGAUGUGAAAAGAUGCAUUGAAUUGAUUUGAUAUACUUUCUUUAGCAGGCUUGCUUGUAUGUAUGUAAAUGUAUGUUUCUGAAUGUCUUUGCUUGUAUUGUGAAGUAAACGUAUGGGAGCAAUAUGCAUUGAAUGCAAUUGUAGUUGUGAAGGUUGUGAAAAAAAAGUUUCCAGUACUGAUUCCAAGUGCAGAUUGAUUGGUAAAUGCAAUUUAUUUUGUGAUGCUUAAUCACUAGUAACUUUGCAUGGCAACCAUAGUUUUGUGACUGUCUUUUUAUUGAUUUAAGUAUUGAAUGUACAAUUUUAGUAAAAUCAAAAAUGCUAGUUAUUAUUUAAUAUAUAAUUAAUAUUAAUAUUGUUAUUUGAAUUCUUAAUGAUCCUGACCAAGAAGGCUCAGGAUUUAUAUAUAUAUAUAUGGUUUAGUAAAAAGUGAACUUUUCAUUGGCGCAUGUUACAACCAAUUACUGGAUGAUAAGACAGAAUUUGUUGUAUCAUUUUGCAAAGUCUACAUAUAUAACCUUCCAUAUGUUUAUAAUGAACCAUGUGCAUUCCAGUGUUACUUGAUAUUAUUUUCAUCUGCCUACUGCCAAGAAAUGUAAUUAAAAAUAAAGUCUACCUUUUUCUUGUGA